GGACACCGUAAAUAUUUUAAAGACGUCGAUAUACUCUGGAAUCAAAUCAAGAGACAUCAUGCUGAGUUAGAGGCUUCUAGCUCAGUUAUACAAGAUACUACUGAAGUCUUCAAAAAUUCCAUUGCAAGUGUCAAUUCCUCCAUCAAGAACGUAAAUAAUAUUGUGUUCCAAUACAACGAAAAGAUUAAGGGUGUCGAAAUCAAACCGAAUUUUGAAAAUGCCGGAAGCGUCUUAGGGAAAAGGCGGAAUUCUGUGUCAGGUGAUUAUGA